AUGGCUGGCAGCGAGCUGCCGGUGGCUGCGUUCGGGGUCGGGUUUUGCUCCCGGGGAAUUAAACGAGCGCAUCUGCCCCGCAGGGAGGAUGGCGAGCUGGAGGAAGGCGAGCUGGAGGAUGACGGCGGCGAGGAGGCGCCGGCCGCCCGCGUCCCCCACGAGCGGGGCCGCAAGGAGAAGGGCGAGAAGCACCACAGCGACUCGGAAGACGAGAAGGCGCACCGGCGGAUGAAGCGCAAGCGGCGGAAAGAGAGGGAGAAGGAGAAGAGGAGGGCCAAGAAGAAGAGGAAAUCCAAGCACAAGCGCCACGCCUCGUCCAGCGAAGACUUCUCUGAUUACAGCGACGACUCGGACUUCAGCCCCGGCGAGAAGGGGCACAGAAAAUACCGCGACUACAGCCCCCCCUACCCCUCUUCCCACCAGCAGUAUCCGUCCUCUCACAGCGCUCCCUCGCAGAAGAAGGGCUACUCCAAGCUGGAGAGCAAGGGCUACGGCGGCUACGAGGACUACGAGAACGAGGAGUACGGCCACUACGAGGGGGAGGACGACGAGGACGGGGGCAAGGACGACUACGAUGACUUUGCCAAGGAGCUCAACCAGUACCGCAGGGCCAAGGAGGGCUCUCACCGGGGCCGAGGCGGGCGUGGCCGCGGGCGAGGGUACCGUGGCCGCGGCGGCAGGGGCGGCAUGCGAGGCGGCCGUGGCAUGGGCCGGUGCAACCGUGGCCGCGGCCGGGGUGACCACCCAGAGGAAGAGGAGGAUCUGUACGAGGAAGAGCUGGACUACUGCGACGCCGAGGAGCCUGUCGGCGAUGACGACUACGAUGACUACUCCAAAGAGCUCAGCCAGUACCGCAGGAGCAAGGAGAACCGCGGGCGAGGCUUGAACCGAGGUCGCGGUCGUGGCCCCAGGGGAAGAGGGAAUAAAGGGAUGGGCCGGGGCCGGGGCCGAGGCUCCAAUCGCAGCGGGAUGGGGAAAGGCGGCGGGAUGAACGACGACGACGACUACUACGAGGACGACAUGGGGGACGGAGGCGGCGGGAAUUACCGGCGUGGAGACCACGACAAAUCCCACCAGCAGGCGGACAAGAAGGGGAAAGUCAUCUGCAAAUAUUUCGUGGAGGGCAGGUGCACCUGGGGCGAGCACUGCAAUUUCAGCCAUGACAUCGAGCUGCCGAAGAAACGGGAGCUCUGCAAGUUCUACAUCACCGGCUACUGCGCCCGGGCGGAGAACUGCCCCUACAUGCACGGUGAUUUCCCCUGCAAGCUCUUCCACACCACGGGCAACUGCAUCAACGGCGACGACUGCAUGUUCUCCCACGAGCCGCUGACGGAUGAGACGCGGGAGCUGCUGGACAAGAUGCUGGCGGAUGACGCCGAAGCGGGCGCGGAGGAUGAGAAAGAAGUGGAAGAGCUGAAAAAACAAGGCAUCAACCCCCUCCCCAAACCUCCCCCUGGCGUUGGGCUGCUCCCCACGCCCCCCCGGCCCCCUGGGCCGCCCGCCCCCACGUCCCCCAGCGGCAGACCCCUGCCGGGGGGAGGGCCCCUGCCUCCCCCCCCCCCUCUCCCCCCGCCGGGGCCGCAGAUGCCGCCGCCGGUGGUGCUGCACGAGCCACUGUCGCCGCAACAGCAGGACAUGUACAAGAAGAUUCCAUCCCUCUUUGAAAUCGUCGUGCGGCCCACGGGGCAGCUGGCCGAGAAGCUGGGGGUCAGGCAUCCCGGGCCACCGCCACCCAGGUUCCCCGGCCCCGGUGGCCCCCCAGGACCGAUGCCUGGCCCCAUGCACCCCGACAUGCACCCCGAUAUGCACCCCGACAUGCAUCCCGACAUGCACCCCGACAUGCAUCCCGACAUGCACCCCGACAUGCACCCUGAUAUGCACCCCGACAUGCACCCCGACAUGCCCAUGGGUCCGGGGAUGAACCCCGGCCCCCCCAUGGGGCCGGGCCCCCCCAUGCUGCCCUACGGCCCCGAUGACUCCCCCCCCGCCCCCAGGUGGCCCCCCCCGCCCCCCCCCCCACCAGGCUUCUACGACGGCUUCUACCCGCCGCAGGAGGGCCUGGAGAUGGAGCACGGCCUGAUGGGCGAGCCAGGUAUGUGCCCUCCCCCCCACACUUCUCCCCCAAAAUCCAUCUUCCAAAACCUCUAAAACUCCAUAAUUCCCCCCCCAAAAAACUGUAACACC